GCGGGGCCGGCGCCGCGGCCGCUUCUCCUCGCUGGGCUGCUGCCGCCGCCGGGCGGACUGGCGGACGCGCGGAGCUGGGGGCGGCGCGGCGGAGCCGGCGGGGCGCGGCGCGGCGGGGCUGAGCGGCCCCGAUGAGGCGGAAGGAGAAGCGGCUUCUGCAGGCGGUGGCGCUGGCGCUGGCGGCCCUGGUCCUUCUGCCCAACGUGGGGCUCUGGGCGCUGUACCGCGAGCGGCAGCCCGACGGCACCCCCGGGGGAUCCCGAGCAGCGGUAGCCCAGGCGGCCGGACAGGGCUCACACAAUCAGCAAAAGAAGACCUUUUUCUUGGGAGAUGGGCAGAAGCUGAAGGACUGGCAUGACAAAGAAGCCAUCAAGAGGGAUGCUCAGCGCGUAGGAAACGGAGAACAAGGGAGGCCCUUCCCCAUGACCGACGCUGAAAGGGUGGAUCAGGCAUACCGAGAAAAUGGAUUUAACAUUUACGUCAGUGAUAAAAUCUCCCUGAAUCGCUCUCUCCCUGAUAUUCGGCACCCAAACUGCAACGGGAAACUCUACCUGGAGACGCUCCCCAACACCAGCAUCAUCAUCCCCUUCCACAAUGAGGGCUGGUCCUCCCUCCUCCGCACCGUCCACAGCGUGCUAAACCGCUCGCCCCCAGAGCUCAUCGCCGAGAUUGUGCUCGUGGACGACUUCAGUGACCGAGAGCACCUGAAGAAGCCACUUGAAGACUACAUGGCCCUUUUCCCCAGCGUGAGGAUUCUCCGAACCAAGAAACGGGAAGGGCUCAUAAGGACACGGAUGCUGGGGGCCUCAGCAGCAACUGGGGAUGUCAUCACAUUCUUGGACUCACACUGUGAAGCCAAUGUCAACUGGCUCCCCCCCUUGCUCGACCGCAUCGCUCGGAACCGCAAGACCAUCGUGUGCCCGAUGAUCGAUGUGAUUGACCACGAUGACUUCCGGUACGAGACGCAGGCCGGGGAUGCCAUGCGGGGCGCCUUUGACUGGGAGAUGUACUACAAACGGAUCCCGAUCCCUCCAGAACUGCAGAAAGCUGACCCCAGCGACCCGUUUGAGUCUCCCGUGAUGGCCGGCGGACUGUUCGCCGUGGAUCGGAAGUGGUUCUGGGAGCUGGGCGGGUACGACCCAGGCUUGGAGAUCUGGGGAGGGGAGCAGUACGAAAUCUCGUUCAAGGUGUGGAUGUGUGGAGGCCGCAUGGAGGACAUUCCCUGCUCCAGGGUGGGCCAUAUCUACAGGAAGUACGUGCCCUACAAGGUCCCCGCUGGAGUCAGUCUGGCCCGGAACCUGAAGCGAGUGGCAGAGGUGUGGAUGGACGAGUACGCAGAGCACAUCUACCAGCGCCGGCCUGAGUACCGCCACCUCUCCGCUGGGGACGUAACUGCCCAGAAGAAGCUCCGCAGCUCCCUGAACUGCAAGAGUUUCAAGUGGUUUAUGACCAAGAUCGCCUGGGACCUGCCCAAAUUCUACCCACCCGUGGAGCCCCCGGCCGCAGCCUGGGGUGAGAUCCGCAACGUGGGCACGGGACUGUGCGCAGACACGAAGCAUGGGGCCCUGGGCUCCUCACUGAGGCUGGAGAGCUGUGUCCGGGGCCGCGGGGAGGCCGCCUGGAACAACAUGCAGGUGUUCACCUUCACCUGGAGAGAGGACAUCCGGCCUGGAGACCCCCAGCACACCAAGAAGUUCUGCUUCGACGCCGUCUCCCACACCAGCCCCGUCACCCUCUACGACUGCCACAGCAUGAAGGGCAACCAGCUGUGGAAGUACCGCAAAGACCAGACCUUGUACCACCCCGUCAGCGGCAGCUGUAUGGACUGCAGUGAAAGUGACCACAGGAUCUUCAUGAACACCUGCAACCCCUCCUCUCCCACCCAGCAGUGGCUGUUUGAACACACCAACUCAACAGUCUUGGAAAAAUUCAAUAGCAACUGAGCCCUCAUGUUCCCGUGCGGGCCUGGCAGGGUCCUCUCCACCACUCACUGCAGCCUCCCUCUCCCACAGGAGGCAGGGCUUCCGAGGGCCCCAUUAUGUCAAAGGUGCUGGCCAGCCAGGUCGGGGCAGAGGGGGCUCUUGAAGCUGGGCCUGGUGUCUGCCUGGCCCCUCAGGCCCUGAGUGGUGGAGGCGGGAUGGAGGACAGACCCCACAAGAGGCCCCACUCAAGAGCAAAGCCCGCUGCACCCCUGGCUGCAUCAUGGAAAUGCGGGAGAGCCUUUUCAACUUUGUCACCGCGUUCCCUUGAGCAUUAUGCGGGAGAAAUGCCAGGGCAGGCUUAGGCCACCCUAUAAUGAGUCCUCCAAGGCUGCCUAAUCUUCAGGUGGCUCGUAUGUGAUGGUCCCGGAGAGAGAGAGGCAAAUUCUGUCUGUAGGAGGCAGCUUUUAGCACCAGUGCCACCCCUCGGUAGCAGAAGGAAAAAAGUCUUUCUCGGGACCACUGGUUUCAGCUUUUGAAUUUUUGCCUGGCUUGGGGUAACUGCAGUUACUGCGCAGCAUCUGUUCUCUGUCACAGCCCCAGGAGAUGCAAUCAAAAACCGUGCCUCGGGCCCUCCGCGUGUUCAGUACUGACCACUGGCCAAUUGCCAGGCCUGGGGGCAGAAGUGCCACCCACAGAUAUUCCCUUGCAGCCAUGGACUGACGGGGUGUCUCCCCUUGCUCUCGGGGUACUUGAAAUGCCCAUUUUAGUACUCUGCAGGCACAGGGACAGCCCAGUCACCAGCUUUUCAAGACCGUGUUUCCGAAGGCCUUGGGCCUGUGGCACAGGCCUAGUGGAAGACCUCCAAAUGAGACGUUCUGGCUGAAUUUCCGUCAUCAGUGCUUCCAUCUCUCUCUCUCUCUCUCUCUCUCUCUCUCUCUCUCUCUCUCUCUGGCAAUUGCUUGCCUCAGGAGAGGAACCGAGGUGUGAUGUGCUCACCUCACAAAGUCCAGAGGCCUCUGGGGUGGACCGUGGCCAUGACACCUAGCCUCCGACUCGCCGUGGUUCUGGUUCUCAUAUGGAAUUCUAGAAUUUCUAAAGAACUCCGUCCUUUGAUCACAAACUAGAGCGCCACGUAGGGUUCUGGUACUCUGGCACCCAAUGUGGGCUUGUAGGAUGCUGUGAUUAAAGGAGGCAGCCAGCAGCCUGGAGACGAUCUGUGAAAGCCAGGGUUGGGGACACUGGGGGAGGGGGCAGGGGACCCACGUCCGUCACCUCCUACCGGAGGCCUUGGUGUGACACAGUCCUCAGCCCAGACCUGAAGCCCUCCACCUCCCACCAUGGUCGCAGCUGCAAUGGAGAACAGACCCCAGUGUCCCACGGACAGGCGUGCACCCAGCUCCAUGCCAGUCCUCUGUGUUUACCCUUUGCUUUGUUAAUUAUAUGUCAGACUCCCAGAGGGCUCCCAAACUCACAGGAAGUGUUUCUGUAACCAGACUGCCACCCACUGUUGCAGAAAUGGAGAUCGCAGUCUACAGCCCAUGACUUCCGCCAGCUAGCCCAGGAAGUCCUUGACAUCAGUAUUCCAAUUAGAGUUGAGCCUCUCAGUUGUGUUAUUUACCAAUGAAAUAACUGAGACAUAAAUCUGGGAGCAGAGCCACAAAUCUGCCUUUGAGAUGCUGGCUGAUCUCAAGGCAUCAAUUGUCUGGGGAGGGAAGUAAACACUCCCAGCCACUACCACCUUGAUUAAGCGUAUAGUGGGCAAAGUGUCACUCCCACUCUGCCUCAGCACAAGCCCUGCUCCGGCCACCUGUCUGCAGGAGAGGCAGCUCCAUGCUUACAAAGCUUGCCUGUCGAUCCCUGGUGUCUUUUCCAAAUGAGUGCUCUAUCUUUAGAAGUGGCCCUCUGUAGGAAGGAGUCAAAAGAUGAGGCCCCUUCCAGAAUCUAGGAUAACAAGAGUGUUGCAGUUUGGGAGGACUGAGUUAGGAUCCAUCAUCAGACAGUAAUGCAGCAUUAUUCAAAUAAAAACUGUGCCUUUUAAAAAGAAAAAAAUGCAAAUGUACAGCCAAUCCCUAAACUUGAAUCAUUUCCUAGUGCCUUGCUAGACAUAAAGGGGCAGGGUUGGGGGGAGGGGAAACAUUUUUGGCGGUGUGUGCAGUUCCUGUUGGAUGAGUGUGUUUCUUAUUGUCUAAUUUCAAGCAGGAGACGUUGGGCCUAGAGCAGGAUCUGAGACAGCAAUGCUCCCCAAGGGCCAGAGGCCAGAAGUUACUUGAUUUAGUGUGAGUAACACUGCAAAUUUAUAGGGAAGGGCCUCAGCAGCCCCCCGGAGAGGGGGGGGGCUAUUUGGAAGCCACACCUGCAACACCCCCAUCCCACCCCCAUCCCACCCCCAGGUGGAGUGCGGAGCACUGGCUAGAUUUCCAAAUGGUCCCACUCCAAGCAGGUGACCGUGUUCUCGGCAAGACCAAAACGAGUGUGGAAAGCAGGAGCAGCUGCGAGCAGUCCUCAGCCAUCCUCUUUUUUCUGUCCUUUGGUUAUCCUUUUGAGUCUGCUUUUGCACCCUCAACAAGGGAUGGGCAGGUCCUCUGAGCUCUCUGGCAUUUGUAAUCGCCGAGCCCACACCUGUAGGUGCCAAGACUUGACGUAGCCUGUAAUCAGGGAAAGGAAGGAGAGAGGCUCAUUCAUUAGCUGAUCACACACACUAGCCACUCGCUGUUCCGUCGUCUCUUUGGAAAACCGCCUGUCUCAGGGAUCCAGGUUCCUGCCCCACCCCGGCUGAUGCGUAGUCAAACAGCCAAGAGCCUCUGGAGGUGCUGUCAGCCGGGUAACGGGGGAGAAUGUGGACCCCUUUUCCUCUAAAGCCUUUCCUCUGGACAUGAGGCCACAGAACAGGGUGUGGCUAGAAAGUAUCAUGCCUGUGUGGUCCGCCAGCAGCCUUUCUGAAGGGGGGACUCCAGAAACAUUUCAGAAUGCAAAGAGCAUCUUCGUUGUCAGUACAAGGCCUUGGAGGAGGUGGGUAAGUGUGCAGGCACGUGUGUGAAAAGCCAUUCCACCUUGUGCCUCCAGUUGGAGCUUUCAACUUUUAAAACAGUCCAGGAGCUAUCAUUUCCUCACUUGUGAAAGAAAUAGCUCAGAGGCAGACGUGAGUACAUCCUCAGAAGAGAUCUGAUGGGGGGUGGCUACAACCUUGGGACCUGUGUAGAAAGAGCGGUUCUUGUUGGAGAUGUAGCGUGUGAAUUCCCAAAGUCCACGUUAUAUCUGCCACCUGUUGAAUUUCUUUUUCUCCUUAAGAAAUAGAUGAUGUCCUUGAAGAUGGCUCCCUAUUUUUUUCUGUGUCUCUAUUUUUCUAGUCUCUGAAGUUUCAAAAGAGUGGUGAAGCACUUUACAGUAGUAACUGAGAAGUCUGGACUCCUUGUUUCAGGGAUCCCUUGUUUGCACAGAUUGGGUGAUCUUUUGUAAUUCUUAGAAGGCAAUGUGUUUUUAAUUAAGUUUUCUGAAGAUUUCUAAGUGUGGGAGAAGGGCAGAGAGUGGGUCCUGUUCUGGAAUUCUUUUCUGCUUUCAACUGAUGCUUUUUGUGAAAAUCCAAGUAAUAUUUUACUUCAAACUUGAUCUUGAGCCAAGGCCCGGUGUCACCUCUGGGGUGGGAGUUGGACCUACCUUCCAAGCAACAAGGUCCUCUUAACAUCCGCUCCCAAAAUGGCUUUGAUUCAGCCAUGCCAGCCAACAGGGCCGGGGUCCUGCUCUGUUGCAGGCUUGAAGGCGGAUCCAAAAGAGAUUACAAGCAGGGAAUAUUUGACAAGUCAGACCUGGGAUUCCAUAGAGAAACCUCGAGAACACCAACCUCUCAUCUCCUGCCUGGAAAAGUGAGCCUUUGUGAAGACCUGACUUAUCAUGUACAACUGUGAUUGUGACUGUUGUUGAGUAAACCUCCAGACUUUUCUCUAA